AGACCUGCAACGAUUUCCAUCCCAUGUUCUUCACCCAUGACAGAUCGUUUGAGGAGUUCUUCUGUAUCUGCAUUCAGCUGUUGAACAAGACGUGGAAGGAAAUGAGAGCAACUUCAGAGGACUUCAACAAGGUGAUGCAGGUAGUGAAAGAACAAAUAAUGAGAGCGCUCACUACCAAGCCUAGCUCUCUGGAUCAGUUCAAGAGCAAGCUGCAGAAUCUUAGUUAUACAGAAAUACUGAAAAUACGCCAGUCUGAAAGAAUGAACCAGGAAGAUUUCCAGUCUCGUCCGAUUCUGGAACUAAAAGAGAAGAUUCAGCCUGAGAUCUUAGAACUGAUCAAGCAGCAACGUCUCAAUCGACUUGUGGAGGGCACCUGCUUUAGGAAACUCAACAGUCGGCGUCGGCAAGAUAAAUUUUGGUAUUGCCGACUUUCACCUAAUCACAAGGUCUUGCACUACGGAGACUUGGAAGAAAGUCCCCAGGGAGAAGUCCCCCAUGAUUCCUUGCAAGAUAAAUUGCCAGUGGCAGACAUAAAAGCUAUUGUGACUGGGAAGGACUGCCCUCACAUGAAGGAGAAAGGAGCUCUUAAACAAAACAAGGAGGUGCUAGAGCUUGCCUUCUCUAUAUUGUAUGACUCAAGUGGCCAGCUGAAUUUCAUUGCUCCAGACAAGCAUGAGUAUUGUGUAUGGACCGAUGGGCUGAACGCCCUCCUUGGGAAGGAUAUGUUGAGUGAUCUAACGCGGAACGACUUGGACACGCUGCUCAGCAUGGAGAUAAAGCUACGCCUCCUUGACUUGGAAAACAUACAGAUCCCAGAUGCUCCCCCACCUAUCCCAAAGGAGCCCAGCAACUACGACUUUGUUUAUGACUGUAACUGAGGCUGACUGAAACUUGCUUCAAAACUGGAAAUAUUAUAACUGGAGAGAUAUUAAAAAAAAAAAAAAAAAAAAAAAGAAGAAGAGCGUGAGAAAAAAAGAAACCCACUUGUGCACCUUGGAUUUUGGCUUUGGGGGAGGGGUGUAGAAACAGUUGCGUUCCUCCCUGUUCCCUGCAUCCCCUCCUUCCCCAUUCCCAUCUUCCCCAUUGCUCAUCCAAAUCCACAUUGCUUUAAUUACCUUGUAAUUUCGGGCCGUUGGCCUUGCUUGAGGCAAAGACUGCCACUAAGAAGCACCCUCCCGAGGACUUUUUUUACAUUUUUAAUACUGGAAUAGACAUUCUUAACUAAAGGACAAUGUUAUCAAACUGCAUGCCUGUGAAACCCACCUGGCAGGGCAGAGGCUUUAACUGGAAGGAGGAGGGAGGUAGGGAGCAGAAGCAGCUACUGUAAGCAGAAGAUUUCCCCAGACACUCCCAAGAGUCUGCUCACAACUGGAUCAAUCCAAUGCAAUGACGAAAUUCGUUAACUGCUUCCCAGUGCUUGGCACCAUUCGUCACUGUCCUUAUUCUUUCCACUGUCACCUCGACUCUUGCCACCAGCCUUCACCCAACUGACCGGCUCCCAGAAUGACAAGUCUGCAGGUUUUUGCUGUACCAUACGCUGCGAUGCUGCAACAGCUUUUAACUUCUUUUCCUCCCAGCUCUUAAAUAGCCCCACACUCGCAGAUCACUCGCACAAACUGUGUAUGAAGCCACUGGUGUGUCCCAUCCCUAUAGCGUUCCCCGAGCCUCAGUUGCCUCUAAAAUUGGCUUGUUGCUAUUUGAAGUGAUUUCCAUUUUCUUGGUCCAAAGUUCAACAGUAAUUUCCACAAAAGAAUUACAACUGCCAAACAUCCAGGUUUACAUUGUUGUCAUUGCUACAGUGUUACAAAUUCGCAAGGGAUUUUUUUUGUACGGGUUCUAAUUUUUUUUUUAUUUUAUUUUGCCAAACAAAUAUAUUUAAUGAAAACUAAUUUCAUUGUGAGUACUUUUGGGGGACAAUAUUUUUACUUAAUUUCCAUUCAGAACAUUUGCCCUGAAGGGAAAAAAAUAAUAGUUCCCUUCAACUUCACUGUUGAAUAAAAAUCUGAGUUGUGAUGAUU